AUGUCCUAUUUAUCAAGCGAACCACUGGGCUAUUUAUUUGCCUUGCGCUCUACGGAGAAGCCUAAAUUCCAGUACAUCUCCUCCAUGGCCCAGCGUAAUGUGUUUCCCGGCCUCUGCCUGCGUACGCAGAUGCGGUUCCUGGAACCGAUAGUUGAAUCCUCCUCAUCGACGAGAUUUCCUGGUAUUGCGAAGGCCGUCCUACUGGGUCGCGUUCCCCAUCUCCAGGACCGUGCAAGAGUCCGAGUGCGCAUCAAGCCGAGUCAUAGAAUAGGAAGCCCCCCUGAUUUUAGCGCGUUUGGCGCAGCUGCUAGUGCAGCGGGUGGGUUCGGCGGAGGUUCGGCGGAGGUUCCACGCUAUCAGGCCAAACUGCUGCGUCUGGCAGCAGUGUUGACGUCUCCUUCCCGUGCUGCUCGUUCAGCAAAAGCCCGUGUUGCUGCAUCGAUUGGUGUCACUCAUCGCGCUCAGCGCCGUAGUGAGGCUACUGGUGCGCUGUUUGCAUCCUCUGAGGAGUGGGAGGAUGCGGAGUGA